AUGGAGGCGGUGGAAGAACCCACCCUGGAGCCUGCGAUUGGCUGGCUUGCCGACACCAUCCUUGCAAAUCUCCGUGCCGGCGGCAAGCUGGACUCCUGGAUCCUCCAAGCUGGCCUCAGCAACGACGUCGAGGAGCUCAAGUCCGAGGUCGAGGCGGUGGAGAUGGUGGUUUCUGCUGUGCAGGGGAGGGCGGCAGGGAACAAGCCGCUGACCCGAUCACUGACGGCCGUCAAGGAGCUGCUCUACGACGCUGACGAUGUGGUGGACGAGCUGGACGGCUACAGGCUUCAGCAGGAGCUCCAACUAGGAACACUGCUCCAGACGCAGCAAGUCGAGAGAUCUAGAGAAAAUGCUAAUGAUGCACAGAGUAGCAGUAAUUGCAGGUUACGGUCCGAGCGAUGGAAACACUUUGACAUCAUAGAGCAUGACCAAAACGGAGGACCGUCCAGAGCAAGAUGUAAGCGCUGUCAAAAAGAGCUUAUGUGCCGAACCAAAAACGGGACAUCAGUUUUGAGCAAGCAUCUCGAAACCGAAGGUUGUGCAAAUAGCAAAUGUGGAGCGAGUCGCCCUUCAAGCACCCCCGAAGGUACUACGAUUCCUACUCCCCUUGCAACUGGCAGCAGAAAAAGGAUGAGAACCGGUCAGGUAUCCACUGCAGCUAACCCAAACGGGUGGAGCAAGGAUGCAUUUUCCGAAAGGAUACAAGUCAUCACUAGUCAGCUGCAACGCAAACGAGAGGCUACCACAAGGCUUCUUGAGAUACUUCCGUCAGACUCUGUUGGUGCAGGUUCAAGCCACCAUCAAGGUACAAUCUCAGAUCCAAGCCGAAGAACAUCAAGUCUUGUUCAAGGCAAAGUGUAUGGGAGAGCUGCAGAGAAGAGAUCCAUCAAAAUGUUAAUAAGAAAUCACAAAUCAACUGCCGGCGUAACUGUUCUGCCUAUUGUAGGCAUCGGAGGAGUUGGGAAGACAGCUCUCGCUCAGCUCAUGUUUAAUGAUCCAGCUUUGGAAAGUCAAUUUGAUCAUAAGAUAUGGAUUUGGGUGCCUAACAAUUUUGAUGAAAUGAGACUCACAAGAGAGAUGUUAGACUGUGUCUCCCACGAAACACAUGAUGGCAUAUGCAGCUUUCCCAAGCUUCAGGAUGUCUUGAAGGGUCAUAUUAAAUCAAAGAGGAUUCUGCUUAUUUUAGAUGAUGUUUGGGAAGGCAUGGAUGACGGCCGAUGGAACAAAUUGUUGGCUCCUUUUAAUUCUGAUGGUGCAACUGGCAAUAUGAUAAUUGUGACAACUAGAAAAUCGUCUAUUGCCAAAAAGAGAGGUACAACUCGACCAAUUUACUUACAUGGUUUGAAAAAUGAUGAUUUCUGGCUAUUGUUUAAGGCUUGUGCAUUUGGUGAUGAGAAUUACGAAGAGCAAGCGAGUCUAAGUGACAUAGGACAGAAAAUAGCACAAAAUUUAAAAGGAAACCCAUUAGCAGCACAAACUGCCGGGUCACUAUUAAGAGAUCAACUUACUGUGGAUCAUUGGAGUAACAUUUUGAAGAAUGAACAGUGGAAAUCCUUGCAACACACUGGUGGCAUCAUGUCUGCUUUGAAGCUUUCCUACGAUGACUUACCAUAUCCUGUACAACAAUGUUUCUCAUAUUGUUCUAUAUUCCCCUACAACUAUCAAUUUACUGCUGAGAAGCUAGUUCGUCUUUGGAUUUCACAGGGAUUUGUGAAGCAUGAUCAUUCAAGCAGCAGUUUGGAGGAGAUUGGACAGUACUAUCUGACUGAUUUGGUGAACCUGGGCUUCUUUGAGCAGGUUAAAAGUCAAACUUACUAUGUUAUGUGUGGCCUAAUGCAUGAUUUUGCAAGGCUAGUUUCAAGAACAGAGUGUGGAGCUUUGGAAGGUUUGCAGCACAAUGAAAUUUUUCCAACUGUGCGCCAUUUGUCUAUAGUAACCGAUUAUGUAUAUCGGAGGGAUGGCCAGACUGGGAACAUACCUCGUAGUGAGAAGUUUGAAUUUUUCUUGCAAAAUAUAGUCGCAUCAGUGAGAAGGUUGAGAACAUUGGUGUUGAUUGGGAAAUAUGACUCCUUUUUCUUCCAAGCAUUCCACGAUGUGUUUGAAAAAUCACAUAAUCUGCGUCUGCUACAAAUGUCUGCGACAUCUACUGAUUUUAAAUCUUUCUUAUGUAGCUUGGUAAAUGCUACACGUCUUCGAUAUCUAAAACUUGAGGAUGAUAAUGCUGAGCAGCAGCCUUUGCCUCAUGUUUUGAGCAAGUUUUUCCAUCUUCAGGAAUUGGAUGGUGCUUUCUUUAUGUCAUUGCAUACAGUUAAUCUAGACAAUUGCGGAGAAGGGAGAAUACUUUCAUCUCUGGAAAUGCUUCGUUUUCUUAAAAGGUUAAAGUUGAGAAACAUGCGAAGUGUAACAAAAAUAUCGGUUCCAUCAUUGGAGGAGCUGGUUUUAGAUGGAAUGCCAGAUUUACAGACAUGUUCCUGCACUUCCGUGGGGGAUAUGAAGUCUAGUUUAAGGGUGCUGGAGAUCCAGAGAUGCCCUUUACUUGAGGUGUUCGAUCUGUUUCAGAGAGGUGGUAACUACGAAAUUGAGCAUAAGUCAUGGUUGCCCAAUUUGAGGAAACUCAUUAUGCACAAUUGUCCUCAUCUGCAAGUACAAACCCCUCUUCCGCCUUCAGCCAUAUUUUCUAAAUUAUCAAUUAAUAAGGUUUCACCAAUUAUGACAAUGGAGGGAUCUUCCAUGGAAAAAUUAGAGAUUAGCGGAUAUAGUGAGAUGAUGACAAUUGAUGACAAAAUUUUGGCAUUCCAUAAUCUCAAGGAUAUAAAAUACUUGGAGAUAGUGAAUUGCGAAAGCCUAGCGUCCAUUUCAUUCAAAGGCUUAAGUCAGCUCAUGUCCUUAAAGAGUUUGAAAAUAGUGAACUGCAGAGAACUUUUCUCUUUAGAUGAUAUGCUAGAGCAGACCCAUGACGACAUGAUAACUGCAAAUGACGAUGUUCUCCCGGCUCUUGAAAGUCUUGAUAUUAAAGGAUGUGGAAUGACGGGGAAAUGGCUAUCUCUGAUGCUGCGACAUUCGCCUACCCUGAAGGAAUUGUAUUUAUAUGACUGCCCGCAGUUAAAACAGUUGAAGAUAGAAGAGGAAGGAAAUGUUCAACCAAACCUUCUCCCAGCUUUCGAGGCUUCGUCAUCAGAUUAUGUAGACGGAGUUGUGCACAUUCCAUUGAAUCUCAAAAAGAUAAAAAUUGGUGGAUGCCCUCACUUAAUAUUUGACGGGAUUAGGGAAGGCUUUGCUGGAUUUACCUCCUCCUCACAGGUAGAGAACAGAAGAUGUGUCCUCCCGCAAUCACUUGAACAACUUGAUUGGUCUGAUUAUUCUCGAAAAACUCUGCGGCCCUGCUUUGUGGGUAAUCUCACCUGCCUAAAAAAAAUAAAUGUAACGAAUGGAAGAAGUUUGGAAUAUCUACAGUUGGAUUCCUGUGCGGCCUUGGAACAAUUGGAAAUUCGCGGUUGCGAUCAGCUCGUCACACUAGAGGGCUUGCAAUCGCUUGCAAUCCUCAGAUCUUUGACAUUAUAUGAAAACUCAAGAUUGGAAUCACUACAGCUGCAUUCUUGCACCUCGCUGGAACGUUUGGAAAUUUGGUUCUGCAGUUCCCUCGUCACACUAGAGGGCUUGCCAUCCCUCGUGAAACUCAAGCAUUUGUUAAUACUCAAGUCCCCUGCCUUGGGCUUGCGAUCCCUGGUGAACAUCAAGCAUUUGGAAUUAAGGUGUAGGCCCCCUGCCGUACUUCCCCUUACCACACCGGAGAGUUCUGAGCUAAUUGAGGGAAUUUCAAGUCAUAGCCUGUCUCCCUUUAACUGUGAGUUAUUCCCUGCACUGGAAAGGCUCGUGAUCCAUGACCUGUCUCCCCUUAACACAUCAUUCUGCAAGGGCCUCACCUGCCUCCGAAGCCUAAAGCUUGUUUUUUUGGAUGCAACGAGACUAACAGAUGAGCAAGAGAGAGCGCUUCUGCUCCUCGGGUCCCUGCAAAAGCUCAGCUUUUGGGCUUGUGAGGAUCUCGUAGAUCUUCCCGCAGGGCUAGGCGGCCUCCCUUCCCUCAAGAAGUUGGACAUCAGCUGGUGUAAACACAUCUCAGGGCUUCCCAAUGCGGGCCUCCCACCUUGGAUGGAAAAACUGGUGAUCUACAAGUGCAGCGACGAGUUAUCAGAACAAUGCAGAUCGCUAGCAACAAGCAAGCUGGAGGUCAAAAUUGAUGGGGACUAUGUGAAGUGA